ACGCGCCCCCCUCUGCUGACGUCACGGCGCAGCUGCUCGGCUCGUCUGAACAGUCAACUGAACUCUUUUUUUUUCGACGGAACGACUUCGAUGUAACUACAAAAGCGACGGAUUUUUGUUAAUUUAAAAGCAUACACGAUUAAUCUUCGAUCGGAUGUGGAGCGUCUUUUAAAGGAAGACGUUUGUUAGCUAUCACGGCUAAGCGUUUGCUGAUGAACUAGAUUUGGGUUUCUGUUUUCGUAUCGGACAACCUUGGAGAGUUUUAAAAGCUGAAAAAUGGUGAGACAACAUUCAGGAUCUCCUCGUUCCAAACACAGGCCUUUCUCGGACAGCUACAGCAGCAUGAAUCAUGAAGGGCGAUUUGGCCCCCCUUCAAGAAGCCAGAGAGGUUUCAGAGGACCUCCUGGAAAAGCCCCACCAAGUUGGAGAGAUAACAACAGCAGUGGACCCCAGCCAUACCCCAAGAGGCCCUCGCUCAUGGGUGAACGCAGAGAGCGACCACAUGGACAGUGGAUGCGGAACCAGGAUAACUUCCAUCCAUAUUCCAGCUCACAGGAUUCACAGCGGGGCCGCAGGAGGCCUUCUCCACCCCGCACAAGCCGCCCUCCCCCAGUCCAGCACAGGCAGUCCCUACACGGUCCUAUGCAUGGACCGCCUAGCCCCAGAGCACCACUUUUCCACAAUAACCACCCUGGCCACACAUCUCCAUCUCGCCAUUUCCAUGGCCCUCCAUCAGAUAGGCGGGUCCCUUCGCCACAUAGUUCCUUCAGGGGUCCGCAGCGACGCCCAAGCCCUCAGGAGCAUGACAGGAGCUGGUGCCCAACACCUCGGGAGAGGCCCUUUGGCCGACCAACACUUGGCGGGCACCACUGGAAUGGCCCAGGACGUUACCCUCACCCCCCUGGUGGGGAUUCGAGGCUCUCCAGCCCACCCCAUAGAAAACCCAGAGAGUUUCAUGGAAGGAGUUCAUAUCCAGAGAGGUGGUCUGCAGAGAGAGAUCAGCGUGCACCGCAUGGAGAGGUUGGAAGGGAGUCCCGGCGCCCCGGCAUGGAAUGGGCACAGAGAGGAAGGGGAAAUCUACAUACUCGGCCCCCUUACAGAUCACCAGCACGAAGGCCAGGCCCACCCCCAUUUGGCUCAUCAUUCAGACCAUAUCCACCUUUGCGACCUCAGGAAAGGCCCUUUGGACGGCCAAUGAAGAGGAACAGUCAAGAUUUCAGACGGCCACCGCCAUUAAGUGGUUUGGAGCAUGGGCCACCAAAGCGCUUCCACAGGGAAUUUUCUGUGAGACCUGUUCCUCUCAGGGGCUUCCGAGGUCGUGGAUUAUCCCUUCAAGAUAAGAGUCGACUGCUAAAGGCACGGAAGUUUAGAGAAGAGUCAGUGGCCCGGUUCAAAGUGCCUCCACCAAGGCCAAGAAUCUCAGACAGAGUCCAGAAGCCCAAGCCUCAGACCGUACCGAAGAAAGACAAAGAUUCCCCAGGAGUCCCGCCACGCAAGUUAUCACUUAAAAAGAUGUCAUCAUCCAGAGAGUCAUCCCCAGACACAGACUCCAAGACUGCAGAGCCUGAGAGGGACUCCGAAUCAAAGGUGGAAUCCCGUCGCUCUGUGAGCGCACACAGCUCUUCGCCAAUAGACAGACGACUUUCACGUGAUCUUGUUGUUGUUUCCCAUUGGGAGGCGGGGCACAAACCCAGUACUAGCCCUAAAAAUAAUGCACCCUGGAGAAAUAAGGCACCCAAGAGCAAAUCUGAGGAAUCAGAAGCUCAUGGGAAUUUAACAUUGAAUGAACGCUUCACCAAGCUUCAAAGUCCUACUAGCUCUUCACAGGAGCAGAAAGAAAGACGGUCUUCUGGAAGUCCAGAAAAAAACCAAAGGAAGCCUGAGUCAUUUCAGAGGCCUAAUUUCCGGCCAACUGCUGGAGUGAAGAGGGGAUCAGCCCCUGAUGGAGUUAUAAGGAAACCAUUGAUGGGCACUUUAAUUCCAAGACCACCCUUCAAUCAGAAGCCUGUCUUCAAAAAGAGUCAAAGUAUCAUGUCAAAGUACAAGAACUUGCAGACGUUGCGACAUAAAGUGCCCCAUCAGCGUCAAGCCACUAGCUAUCGCCGGUGGUGACCCAAAAUUAUCGCAUAUGCUGAGGCAAGUCAUCCACUGUAGAGCCUCUUUAUGGAGCUCCCUUACCCCCAUCUCCUGCUGUACAACAGUUUGAACUAAGCUCUGUAAAAAAUACAAAUAAAUGCAAAGAUCACCGAAGUAUUAUUUUUCUUCUAUAGCAUUUUUUUUUUUCUUUCUCUAUGAUGUGCUUUAGGGAUAAAGUCUUGAAUUCUGUGCAUUUAUCUUUUUGGAGUUUCAAAAGCAGAGAUUAGCAUUACAUUUUUGUAUAUACCUUUAACCAGUACAAAACCUGUUUUGAUUUAUGAUUUUUAGCUCUGGUUAGAAUUUUUUUUCAAUGUUCUUUCAAAUUUGUUUAUACAUCAGUGUCUGAAUAGAUGCUUUUUGAAAGUGACUGUUAAAAGACUCCUAUCAUGUGAAGUGAUCCCUGUCAAACGCUGUAUGAUGAGUAGCUUUCAUUUGAUCAAACCAGCCUAAUUAGUUGAGCUCCAUGUGUUGAUUAAUGACUUCCCUGAAAAGUUUUGUUUGUUGCUCAUAAAAGACGUACAUUCUUUGUAAUCAGACACUUUGAAUAAAACUGUAAUUGUCAGGUG